CAGCUGCUGAACUGAGCGAGGCGACACUCCCUCAUUCCGCUACGAGUACGAGCUGGACUGACUCAAGUAUUCACCGGAAAUUCAGCCUGUGCGGCUGUCACAGUUAGGGGUUCGGUCCAACAUGGCGGCAGACGGAUGGAAAUACUGAUGACAGUCCGAAAGAUCGCCUCGAUUUGUACGAUGGGCGCCAAUGCCUCUGCUUUGGAAAAGGAGAUUGGACCGGAACAGUUCCCUGUUAAUGAACACUACUUUGGGCUGGUCAAUUUUGGCAACACCUGCUACUGUAACUCAGUGCUGCAGGCACUGUACUUCUGCCGGCCCUUCCGGGAGAAAGUACUGGCCUAUAAGAUACAUCCACGACGUAAAGAGAGCCUGCUUACCUGCCUGGCUGACCUGUUCAACAGUAUUGCAACCCAGAAGAAGAAAGUGGGAGUCAUUCCACCAAAGAAGUUCAUCUCUCGGCUGAGGAAGGAAAAUGAGUUGUUUGACAACUACAUGCAGCAGGAUGCACACGAAUUCCUCAAUUACUUGCUCAACACCAUUGCAGACCUGCUACAGGAGGAAAAGAGCCAAGAGAGACAGCAGAAUGGAAAGGUGGUGCAGAACGGUGCAGGUGGAGGAGGAGGAGUAGGUGGAAGCAGUAGCAGCACAGGAGAGGGUGAAACAGGGGAAAAGACCCAGCAGACAUGGGUGCAUGAGAUCUUUCAAGGCACACUGACCAAUGAGACACGCUGCCUCAACUGUGAAGCGGUGAGCAGUAAAGAUGAGGACUUCCUGGACCUCUCGGUAGAUGUGGAGCAGAAUACCUCCAUCACACACUGUCUUAGGGGUUUCAGCAACACAGAGACCUUAUGUAGUGAAUACAAGUACUACUGUGAGCAAUGCAGAAGUAAACAGGAGGCUCAGAAAAGGAUGCGGGUGAAGAAAUUACCAAUGAUCCUUGCCCUGCACCUAAAGCGCUUUAAGUAUAUGGACCAGCUUCAUCGCUACACCAAGCUCUCCUACCGCGUGGUCUUCCCUCUGGAGCUGAGGCUCUUCAACACCUCUGGGGAUGCCACGAACCCCGACCGAUUGUACGACCUAGUGGCAGUAGUGGUGCACUGUGGGAGUGGUCCAAAUCGAGGUCAUUAUAUCACUAUAGUGAAGAGUCAUGGCUUCUGGCUUCUGUUUGAUGAUGACAUUGUAGAGAAAAUAGAUGCCCAAGCAAUUGAGGAAUUCUACGGUCUGACAUCGGACAUCUCCAAAAACUCUGAGUCAGGGUACAUACUCUUUUACCAGUCUAGAGACUGAGCCAGUGGGAGUGACUGACAGAAUGGGAGGGUGUGAUUUGUGAGGGACAGGAUCAGGCAGAAUGGGAGGCUUGGGCUUUGUUGAUACUGCUCGGCCCCCUACUCCAUCCCUCUCAGUCAAGUCCCUUUUCAUCCAGGCUUAUCAGUGAACCAGAGCAUCAGUCAGGCCCCAGAUAGGAGCAGUUGAUGCCAGAGUGACCUGGACACAGCAUUGGCAGGCAGAAGUAAUCGCCGUCUGGUUAGCAGUCGUCUCACUCGCCUGCUUUGUGUUGUGCAGCACACACAAACGCACAUAUACACAGUUGUGAAAUGAGCUACAUGUACGUCUCGAAGACCUGAGAAAGGACACUGUACAAACUUUUUUUCCCACCACACAGUAACAAGAUUAAUUUUGAUUGAGGUAGCUUGAUGAUAGGGUUCACUUUUCUGCAUCACAUUUAUCGUGUAUGUAUCAUGAUCUAUAUUUUGCCACAAUCUCUUGGUCAAUCCAGAAACUCGCACAAUGGUUCUUCACCCUACAACAAAAACUCUCCACGUAUGUUCAACUGCAAUGUCAAAAAUUGCACAUCACGCUAUCCGUGAAACCAGGCAACCAGCUAGUUAUAAAUGUGUUGUAUUUGCGACAGAACAAAUAACUCAUGUUGUUACUGUUGUAACUGAGCAAUGUAGAGCUGCUCUACCUUAAUAGAUAAACCUGAUAGGGUUUUAAUAAUCUUGAAGAGGAUAAGCAUUUGUAUGUCAAGAAGUUCACAAAUAAUGUUACGUAGGGCUUUUGAAGACAAGACCGUGGAGUAAUGGGUGCUCUGUGGGUAUCAGAACAGGGAGUGUGUGUAAAGGAUGUAUCUUUGCUUAUGAAUGCUCUUUCAGUAUUCAUUGAAUGUAAAACAUUCUGCCAGUGCACUGCAAGUGAGCGUAAAGCUUGGAUUUGAUUGUGUCAUAUAGCACACACUUAAUGGUGCACUAACUGUAGAGAUGGAAAUAGAAAUUUGGGCUUUAUAGUAUUCUGAAUAUGAGUUGGAGCCCAUUAAUGGCUGUUAUAUUGAAACCAAAAGCUGCAUACAUUUCCAGUCAUAUUUCAUUAACACUGUGGCACUGCUGUGAGAUUGUUUAAGAUUAUUGCUGACUCAUUCAGUUUUGCCCUUUUAACAAUAGAAAUGUUGGAUAAUUCAAACAUACUUGUUUCGACUAGGGCUCUAUUAUACACUCCAUUAUGGCGACUUGUGAGUCAGUAGGUAGAUUGAAUUGGCUGCAUCUAUUCGGUGUAAUGUAAAUAACUCUUCCCUAGAUCUCGAUUGUCUUCUCCUCUGCCCUUUUAAUCAAUAAUGUUUAAACUGAACAUAGCCCUAGAUGACAAGUAAAGCACAACAGUAUGCUGAAAUGCAGUUUAAGUCUGUUUGUAUGUGUCAGGUUUCAGCUGUGACCUUCUCAAAUAUGCAUAACUACUCGGCAGUGGUCAGAUAGUUUAAAGUCUUUUAAAGUGUGUUGUUUCUCAUUUGUGGGUCCAAAAGUGCUUAUGUAGGAUGAGACACUUCUCACAAUUGGCUCGCAGCUAGUAAAUAUUUGCAAGCGAAAUAAGCCACCCUGUGAUUAGUAAAACUUUGAAUGAAAAAUAAACCAAGCAAGGGAAUUUGUAAGACCGGGCAGAAGUUUCAGUUUUCGUAAUGUUUUGACAUCCACAAAAAUUUUUCCAAGCCUAACUUUAUUCCCACCUAAUAGUUCUGACUGAAAUGGAUGGUUAGAGGAUGAAAUAUCUAUCUUAUUUUUAUAUCAGAGGUUUCCUGUGUGAGCUACACUGGUUUUAUUUGAUUGAUUGUUUGACAAGAAUGCGCUUUAAUCUGUGAGGGGUCAUAACUGACAGUGCUGCUGAUUAUUAUUCCAUAUGUCUACUUUGAAUCAGUACAUGCAUGGGAUAACAACUCUUAAAAUUGUUAUAAAGCAUGUAUAAAGGGCUUAUAAACAAGGCACCAGUGACUGUAAAGAGGUUGUAAGCAUUUUGCUGGUCAGUGGACCUGUCUUAAAGGAAUAUCCGGGGUUCAGUACAAGUUCAGCUCAAUCGACAGCAUUUUGUGGCAUAAUAUUGGUUACCACAAAAAUACAUUUUGACUUGUCUCCCUCCCUUUCUUUAAAAAAAUGCAGAAAUCUGGGUUACAGUGGGGCACUUACAAUGGAAGUGAAUGGGGCCAAUCUGUAAACGUUGAAAUACUCACUGUUUUAAAAGUAUAGCCACAAUACAUAAACAAUAUGUGUGUUAACAUGAUUUUAGUGUGAUAAAAUCACUUACUAGCGAUUUCUGUGUAAAGUUAUAUCCAAUUUUACAACUUCGUUGCCAUGAUUGUGUAAUGUCAACAAAUCCUAAAAUGACUGUUAAAACUGACGAUUUAAUACCUUACAGCUUAAAUAAUACACGAGUUUUAACGAAGGAAUUAAUGUGCUUUUGUAAAAUGAUAAGCUUCACAUUUCUGCCUUUAAACCCUCCAAACAUUGGCCCCAUUCACUUCCAUUGUAAGUGCCUCACUGUAACCUCCAUUUUUGCUUUAUUUAAUUGUUUUUUAUAUAUAAAGAAAAGGAGGGACAAGUCAAAAUUGUUUUUUUGUGGUAAUCAACAUUAUGCCACAAAUGCUGUCGGUUGAGCUGAACUACACAUUUACACAUGCUAUGUAAGUAGUUGUGUCUUUACAUUUGAAUAAGGCUUCUCCAUGCAGAGUUAACUGGAUAUUUUAUUUUUUUAAAUUGGUUUGUGAUUAGUUGUUAUGGGGGAAGGAACAUUUAUUUGGGUCUUUUUUUAUAUCUUUAUUUAUGUUUAAUAAUUAUAAAUGUUAUAUAAACUUUUCUUUGACAUUCUCUUUUUUUUUUAUUAUUUUGCGAAUCAGUCCUUUAUUUGGACAUAAGCCAGGGAUUGUUGAAGCAGAAAUAGAAGGGUGAUGACGUUUGCUUGGAAUGAUCCGAUUAAUGCCCCCAAAAAAAAAGAAAGAAAAAAAAAAGAAACACACAUUAUGAAGUUGUUUAUAGUUAUAGAAACAUUUAUGCAUUCAUCACAGUAACAAUACCCAGGUUGUUAGCUAAUUUUGGCAUUAGCAGACAGACAGAAAACUACAUAAAGGCAUGAGAUGAAAACAAUCAAAUGCUAUGUCAUGCAAACAUUCAGGUAGAAUUUGGAGUGGCAUUAGUUUUGUGUAUCAUCCCCAUCCCUUCCCCGAACAUUGUGUAACAAUGUUUAUUCCAAACUGGUUUUGAGAGAAAAAAAAAAGUGCACUUUUGAUAAAGCAAUGUACAAAUUAUAAACCAGGUGAAUGUUCUGGUUUUGGAGUGGAGUGGACAGUGUGGAUGAAAGAUGGGACUGGAUCAACCUGUCCCUAAUAAAAACAAACAUAAACACCAAUCA